AUGGAAAUAACACAAGUCGCCCCCCGCGAUGAUGAUCCGGACUACAUACCUAUCGAACAGGCCAUGGUAGUCCGACGCCGCUCGAAACGUAAAGCCGGGAGGAACAGGACAGAGCAAGAAGUUGAGAUGGACACCGCUACGUCUGCACCUGAACGUACGGAGACAUCUACAAGUGCAGGCGGGAGUGGGAAAAAAAGACGUGGUGAGAGAAGCAAGAAUAAAUUACCCAAGGAAACUUACAACGUGAUUGCUCUCGAUCAGGAUGGGAAGCCCAUCGAGCCACCGAUAGUGCGGUCCAAGUUCAGCAACGCCUGUGGCACUCUAGUCAGGACGCGUUGUCCCAUUAAUGUCAAGUUGUGGGAAACAGUGGACGACAACAUCAAGACACUUCUCUGGAAUGAGUUGCAGAAGUAUUUUGUGUUCCCUCCUGGAUCAGAGGCUGACUGGGACACGUUUGUUGCGGAUCGUACAACAGCUGAAGCAUUGGCUUUGAGGAAAAAAAUGUCCGAGCUCGCGAAGAAGAACAAAUAUCCCCAUAGAUUGGGGUCGAGCGGAUACGCUGGUCACGUCGAUCAAUGGCGGGAGAUCGAGCAAAGAUUUGCCGCGGCCGGUAAGCCCCUGCUGGUAGACCCCAUGGUUGAACGUAGCAAGAACUGGGUUUGGGCGCGCAGCACAGGUCAAGUCUCGGAUGAGGGAGACAUACUAUUCGAGACUCCAGACAUAGAAGAAGUGACUACUAAUUUGCAGCAGAUAGUCGAGAAAGAAAGAUCAGGACAGUUCGUCCCACGGAGGGAGAGAGAUCAGCUUACUGCGGCGUUGGGGACGGCUGAACACUCUGGACGUAACCUUGUCGCCGGUGGCGCGGACACCAGUGCAGUGACCGUGGAAUGGGCCAUGUCAGAGGUCCUGAAGAAUCCGGCGAUCCUCGCCAAGGCCACCAAGGAGCUAGACAACGUCGUCGGCAGUGGCCGCUUGGUGACAGAGAGCGACAUCCCGCACCUCCCCUACGUCGACGCCAUCAUGAAGGAGACGAUGCGGAUGCACCCGGUGGCGCCGCUGCUGAUACCCCGGAUGUCUCGCGAGGACGCCACCGUCGCCGGCUACGACGUCCCCGCCGGCACGCGCGUGCUCGUCAACACGUGGACCAUCAGCCGCGACCCGUCGCUGUGGGACUCGCCGGAGGAGUUCCGGCCGGAGCGGUUCGUGGGAAGCGAGAUCGACGUCAAGGGGCGAGACUUCGAGCUUCUGCCGUUCGGCACGGGCCGGCGGAUGUGCCCCGGGUACAGCCUCGGUCUCAAGGUCAUCCAGCUCGCCCUCGCCAACCUGCUGCACGCCUUCUCCUGGAACCUCCCCGACGGCAUCGCUGCCGGCGAGCUGAGCAUGGAAGAGAUCUUCGGGCUCACCAUGCCGCGGAAGAUCCCUCUCCUCGCCGUUGUCAAGCCCAGGCUGCCGGACCAUCUCUAUGCCGAGCCAUGAUGCAUGACGCACCAUGCGUCGAUGCGUGCGUGCAUGCAUGCGCGUCUUCUGCAUUCGACGAAGCUAUAGGCUCCAGUUCAAGGAUA